GAAGGAGCCAGCAUGAGCGAUCUCCCUUGCAGUUUUAGAAGCAGGUUCGUUGCCAUGGAGUUCACAUUCUGAGUGGAGUUGAGGACUAUAAAGGUUAACAGUUUGGUUUUGGUUUCAAAGAUCUGGCAAAGAGAUAGGCUGCUGCUCUUCUUCUGGAAAAGCCUGAUUGGUAAGAUUCCUUUAAGGGCUCGGCCCCAAAGUGUUUUAUCCCAUCCCCUCAUACUCUUGAAAACUAAAGCUUGUGGAGACCUCUGAAGGAAAACCUGCCGGGUUUCUCUCACUGCACACCAAUGGCUAAUCCUGGAGGUGGUACAGUCUGCAAUGGGAACCUUCACAAAAACCAGAAGCAGAGCAAUGGCUGUCAAAGUGGAAACUGCACAAAGAAUGGAAUAGUGAAAGAAGCCCAGCAAAAUGGGAAGACACAUAUUUAUGAAAAGCACAUUGUUGAAUCCUUUGAGGAAGCGCCUCUUCAUGUCAUGGUAUUCACCUAUAUGGGAUAUGGAAUUGGAACCCUGUUUGGCUAUCUCAGAGACUUUAUGAGAAACUGGGGAAUAGAAAAAUGCAAUGCAGCCGUAGAACGAGAAGAACAAAAAGAUUUUGUGCCACUGUAUCAAGACUUUGAGAAUUUUUAUAAGCGAAAUCUUUACAUGCGAAUCAGAGACAACUGGAACCGGCCCAUCUGCAGUGCCCCAGGGCCUUGGUUUGACGUGGUGGAGAGGGUGUCGGAUGACUACAACUGGACAUUUAGGUUUACUGGAAGAAUCAUCAAAGAUGUCAUCAACAUGGGCUCCUAUAACUACCUUGGCCUUGCAGCCAGGUACGAUGAGUCUAUGAGGACAGUAAAGGAUGUUUUAGAGUCAUAUGGCCUGGGCGUGGCCAGCACCAUGCGUGAAAUGGGUGCCUUGGAUAAGCACAAGGAGUUGGAGGACCUUGUGGCUAAGUUCCUGAAUGUAGAAGCAGCUAUGGUCUUUGGGAUGGGAUUUGCAACUAACUCAAUGAAUAUCCCUGCACUAGUUGGAAAGGGAUGCCUCAUUUUAAGUGAUGAGUUAAACCACACAUCUCUUGUGCUUGGGGCACGACUCUCGGGUGCAACCAUAAGGAUCUUCAAACACAACAAUGCACAAAGCCUAGAGAAACUCCUGAGAGAUGCUGUCAUCUAUGGCCAGCCUCGAACCCGCAGAGCUUGGAAAAAAAUUCUCAUCCUAGUGGAGGGUAUCUACAGCAUGGAAGGUUCCAUCGUGCAUCUGCCCCAGAUCAUAGCUCUAAAGAAGAAAUACAAGGCUUACCUCUACAUGGAUGAAGCUCACAGUAUCGGGGCCUUGGGCCCAACCGGCCGGGGUGUCACAGAAUUCUUUGGAAUAGACCCUGGAGAAGUUGAUGUGCUCAUGGGCACAUUCACCAAAAGCUUUGGAGCCUCAGGAGGUUACCUAGCUGGAAGAAAGGACCUUGUGGAUUAUUUACGGGUUCACUCGCAUAGCGCUGUUUACGGUACAUCCAUGAGCCCCCCGAUAGCAGAGCAAAUCAUCAGAUCAGUGAAAUUGCUCAUGGGACUGGAUGGAACCACACAAGGGUUGCAGAGAGUAUGGCAACUUGCAAAAAACACAAGAUACUUCAGACAGAGACUGCAGAAAAUGGGAUUCAUUACCUAUGGCAACGAGAGUUCUCCUGUUGUUCCUGUGCUCCUUUACAUGCCUAGCAAAGUAGCGGCUUUUGCAAGGCAUAUGUUAGAGAAAAAAAUCGGGGUGGUAGUCGUUGGAUUUCCAGCCACCCCCCUCGCAGAAGCCCGGGCUCGGUUUUGUAUUUCAGCGGCACAUACUCGGGAGAUGUUAGACACGGUUUUGGAAGCCAUUGAUGAAAUGGGUGAUCUCCUGCAUCUGAAAUAUUCCCGGCAUGUGAAAUCAGCACGCCCUGAGCUCUAUGAUGAGACGAGCUUUGAACUUGAAGAUUAAGUUUCCUGGUCCUGAAUGAAACAUAAAGACUUUGCCAGAAAGACCUCCCUCCUUGCCGUAGAAGGAAUAUAAAUGGAUUUCUCUCCCUUCCUAAGGACAAUUUGGUUUCCAGACCAGUUUAAUUGAACUGAGGGAAAUACUGUCCUGUUUUUCAUGUCUCCAGCUCGGGACUGCAGAGAUGAAAAUGUGAUUCCAGAUUUAAGUUUCUACUCUCCCAAAUAUUCUGCUAGAAAUACACACACACACACACACACACACACACACACACACACUUCUUAGAAUAUUUUUAAUGGCAAUGAGCCUGUGUUUUAACUGCUACUGUGCAGCCCCUUUGGUCCAGACCCUUUCAGGGGUUCCAACCAAAUUAGAGAAUUUUGAAUUUUAAUUUAGUAAUCAAUGUAUGUGUUUAUUUAUUUCAUCUGCAGCUGGGGGUGAAAGUGGUAGACAAUACCUGCCAUCCUUGUUCCACCCAUACAAGUAUCAGCUAAGACUCCUCUGUAUUAUGGGAAGUUCUAGGCAGGAGGAUAAAGAAAUUACUACUUCUACCAUUUGCCACAUUUGGACGUUUUCCAUGGACAAGUGUCAAAAGACAUAGUUAAUGUUUCGAGGGAGAAAGCAGAACUGUCCAACAGCAACUAGAGAUGUCCUCGAAGGAAACUUUCCUUUUCCUCUUGCUGGUGGCCUACAGUUUUACAGCUGAGCUUUUGAGGUUUGGAAAAUUCAAGACUUUUGUUUCAUAAGGGAGUAGAACACAAGCACUAGCCAAUCUUAGGCCUAGACUAAAACUGUAAAGUUAUAACAACUUGAAUAUUGUUGGUGCUGUGCAGAGUGAAUGUUUAGUAUGCAUAGCCUUUAUUACUUUAAGGAACAAAUUUUCAUUUUCAUAUUGGAUUCUGAGUAAAUGGUGAGAUUCUAUUUCCUUUAAAACUGACCCCCAAGACCACACUUGAAGAAUGUAUUGAUUCAAGAAGAACAUUUAAAAGCAAAUUCUAUCUAACGUUUUUAAGACUGAUAUCCCUGUUGAAGCCUAAUAAAUAGUAGUAUCACUUGGCACAUGCACUCUGAAUUGGGUCAAAGUGGGCUUGCACACUUUUGAGCAACUAACUGUAACUUACUUGCAUUUUCUGUCUUUCUGUCCGUCUCUCUCUGAAUGUGAACACAAACUUCUCUGGAAAAGUAGCCCUUUGCUAAUUGGAUCUAGUUGGUGUGGAAAAAGCCCAUGGAAAACCUUAUCUUUAACAAGCUCCCAGAUGGUGCCCAGAUUUGGAAACUCUAAAGAGCAGUGGUGACCUUUUAGCAAUGCUUCUGUAACAGUUUGAAUGAGUUGCAGAACAUUCCACUCCAUCAAAUGACACUGUAAACAAAUCACUUCAAGAGAGGUUUGGCUUUGUGUGACACAGAUGGACCCAAGCUUUCAUGCUGUGCACUGAGAUAGAAACUUGACCCACAGCGCCAGUGCUGGAUGGAGCAGUACGCUCUGAUGCUCAAAGCCUGUUAAAGGAAAAAGGUGAUCAUUGUGGAAAGCUUUUUAUGGGGAAAUUAUAACCCCAAGUGGGUACAUCAGUUUAAAAGUGAACCACAAUCACAGAGUUCCUUACGAAUGUCUAGGAGUUGUAAGGAGUAGUUAGUGACAGGGGCAAUGACAUGGGUUCUGAAAAUGCAGUUGCCCCAUCCAAUGAUCGAUUUUAAAAACUAAAUUCCAGCUCUUCUCAAUGAAACUGGUGCAGCAUCACUUGUGCAAAGAAAAUGUCUGUCAUACAUGCACAAAGAAAGGAAGACAUAUAGGUCUUAUCUCCUGAAUAUGUGAAUUUAAAUGAAACUGUUCCUAGUUAAUUGUCCAAAAUGCAUGAAUGCCUUGAGUUUUAUAAAGGAAAGAGGAGGUAAAGAGAACAAUGAGACACGUAGGCCUUCUGCAAGGUAUGGCAUGCAAUAAAUGUCCUCCUUUCUUUCUG